AUGAAGAUCGAGCAGAGGAAUGAAAUCGAAUCAAAGACUCACCCCUGCUAUGAAUUUAGGCUUGAGGCCAACUCCCACCUUCUACAGCCACCCGUCAACAACUACUGUGUCUACCAUCCAUCUUCCGCAGCCACAGCUGGGUACACGGUCAUGAUCGUCGGCGGGCCCAAUGCCCGGACGGACUACCACAUCAACACGACCCCAGAGUUUUUCUACCAGUACCGGGGAUCAAUGCUUCUCAAGACGGUAGAUCUGUCGACAACGCCGCCCAGUUUUCAAGACAUUCCCAUCCACGAAGGGUCGCUGUUCUUGCUCCCAGCGAACACGCCACAUUCGCCCGUGCGGUUCAAGGAUACAGUCGGUGUGGUGAUGGAGCAGCCGCGGGCCAAAGAUGCGGUGGAUAUCAUGCGGUGGUACUGCAAGGGUUGCGGGGAAGUGAUCUGGCAGAAGGAGUUUGUGUGUGUGGAUCUGGGCACGCAGGUCAAGGCGGUGGUCGAGGAGUUCGGUGCCGACGAAACCAAGCGGCGAUGCAAGGCUUGCGGGGUGGUUGCAGAGACACGAUACCCGGAAGGAGAGAUCGUGCAGCCGCCCACCUAUCCUGAGUGA